AUGGUUCCAGAGAUUGAAGAUGUUGAGGUCCCAGUGCUCGUGGUCGGGGCUGGUCCCUCUGGAGCCACACUUGCCCUGUUACUCGGACGCCAUGGAAUCCCCGUUGUGGCAAUCUCACGUCAUAAAGGAACAGCCAACACUCCCAGAGCGCACAUCUUCAAUCAGCGUGCCAUGGAGGUCCUCAGAGAUGCAGGUAUCGAGCAUCUCGUCAAGCCGAUCGCCUCGACAAAGGACGAGAUUGCCCAUGUGGCAUGGCUCCACACUCUAGCUGGAGAGGAGUAUGGGCGGGUGUACGCCUGGGGCAACAAACCGAAUCUUAUAGGCGAAUAUCUGGCUGCCAGUCCCUGCGAGAUGUCCGAUCUUCCCCAAAGUGUCCUGGAACCGAUCCUAGUCGAGGAGGCCCGAAAACUGGGCGCAGACAUUCGUUUCUCCACGGAAUUCCUGUCGCACAAGCGGCGCUCGGACGGGCACAUCGUCACACGUGUCCGGAAUCGUGUCACCUCAGAAGAAUACAACAUCAUCUCGCAGUAUCUGGUUGGCGCCGACGGCGCCCGUAGUGCUGUGCUCGCCAGCCUCGACAUCCCGAUCGAUGGGAAACAGCUCGACAAUGCUUUCAAUGUAUACAUCAGAGCUGAUCUGUCAAGAUACUUCGCCAUACGGCCUGCCUCGAUGGUCUGGAUUCUCAACCCAGAUGCGCCUGCCUGGUCGUCGCAUGGCUCCAUUCGGAUGGUCAGACCGUGGAGCGAGUUCAUCGUCUCGAUGCAUAACGCCCAGGGAAACUUGAACUUCGAGCCAAACGACGAGGAUAUCCUGAAGAGAUUGCGCCAGAUGAUUGGUGACGACUCGAUUGACAUUGAUUUGCUGGGGCACUUUCGGUGGACGAUCAACGACCAGGUCGCGAGAACAUGGCAAAGAGACAACGUGCUAUGCAUUGGGGAUGCUGUGCACAGGCACCCUCCAAUCAAUGGGCUUGGAUCCAAUACCUGCAUUUCUGAUGCUUUCAACCUUGCUUGGAAAUUGGCCCACGUCCUGAAAGGCUGGGCGGCUCCUUCGAUUCUAGACAGCCUGACCGCCGAAAGGAAACCCGUGGGCGACGGUAUCGUCAGGAGAGCCAAUGACGGGAUGCUAGUGCACAGGAGGUUGUGGGCAUUCAUGGGUUCGACCGUGGCGGAACGUGCGGUAGUCUCACAAGCAUUGCAGUGGGCAACGUCUGAUGGGAUGCGAACUCGGAUGAAGCUUCGGAGCAUCAUCGAAGAAACGGAUGACGAGUUCAAUUCUCUGGGGAUCCAGAUGAACCAGACAUAUGUGGACUCUCCGCUUACCGUUGUCGAACAAGGAGACAGACCGCCAGACUUGGAAGGUCUGAAUGUGAUGAAGAAACAAAUCGUCUCGACGUUUCCUGGCUUUCACCUACCGCAUGUAUGGCUCGUCAGAGAUGGUCAGACUGCGCGCAUCUCGACGUUGGACCUGGCAGGGCAUGGAAGUUUUGUCGCCUUCACCGGUAUUGGAGGCGAGGGUUGGAUAGAUGCUGCAAGUGAACUCACCAGCGAAGGUAAAGUGACUGUAAAGGCGUAUGGCAUCGGCCGAGGAUUGGACUUUCUGGACGCAUACUGGGAUUGGGAGAAGGUUCGAGCGGUCGAGGAAAAUGGUCUGGUCCUGGUGCGUCCAGACCAUUUCGUUUGCUGGAGGUGCAGUCAGUCAUGUCCUAAUCCUUCUGGGAAGCUGCGAGAAGUAAUGCGCAGGAUCCUGGGCCAAUGA